GUGGCAGCUCAAAGGCAUCACCGCGAGCCUCAUCAUCCCACAUGUUUCUCACAGUCUCACAUGUCUAACGAAUCCGAAUCUGCAAAACCAUCAAACUGGGCUAGAAGGCAUGGCGAUACCAACCACCACCGCCGCCGCCGCUGCCACCACCACCGCCUUGGACGACAAGUUCCAGAAUCUGGACGAUGAGGCCGUGUACGCUCGCGUCAAAGCCGAGGCUGCCAACGACAAGGCUCUCAACUUUGUCGUCGAGUUUAGCCACCAUGAGGCCUUGAUCGCUUUCAAUCUAACCUCUGAUGAUUUCAGUCACCUCGUCAUCCGGAAGCGCAAAGAGGGGAUGGUGCGCUGGAUUAACAUCUGGUCGCCGAACAUGCAGAAACCAGCCGUGGAGUGCAUCGGCGCCCAGUACGAGUUCUCUAAGAGACUGCUCGCCAUCAUGACGGCUCCGGCCUUGUCGUCUCUCAAGCAGGCCAACCCGACCCCGGUGAUGUCACCGCAAGGAGGAGGAGAAGGAGGAGAUGUCGAGAAGGGGUCGUCGUCCGACGGCCUUGGACCUCCACCGCCGGGACAGACACAGGCACAAGUGUUGGAGGAGCUUGAGAUCUAUCAACUUGUGAAGGAGACGGUUAACUACACUUCCAUUGACCAAGGGAAUCACUUCCUUUGCAUCGGUGCCAACUGGCUGCAUACCCGUCCACGGUCCCAAAUCACCGACCAGAAACCAAGUCUACUGCCGCCUAGACACUGGUCAUGGCUUGCUCUCUGCUCCGACUCCGUCGUGGUGUCUUUCCACGAGACGCCAUCGUCCGAAGACGAGGAGGAACUCGUCAACAUGAGAUCCAACACGACCAGCGUAUUGUGUCAACUCUCCAAGCACGGCGUAGAAGAUUUCGAGCAAAGGCUUCUCUCGCUGAAACCGGUCCGGCAAGCCAUGCCUCGCUCGGAACUUGACGGCAACACUGCCCGCGAGGGCUCGAGCAAUCUCUUCUAUUAUCUCUUCGAGGACUAUUCGUCGGCUCUGCCCGUUUUAAAAACUUCCAAGAAUGAGCUGGGUCGAUUGAGUGAUUCGAUCUUGAAGCCGAACAAAAAAACCAAGGUGAAGACGGGAGAGAUUAUUGAAUCAUUGCAUAAGUUAAGAAAGGAGCUCAGCCAGCUCCAACACCUGUUUGAGGGCUACAAAAGCCUCAUCAAGCGAAUCUGCUGGCCUCGGUCGCUGGAUGCCUAUCGCGAGGGUCAAUACGGACACCUAGAGUUAUCUAGCAGUAUUUCCGGUGAGGUGAACAUCUCAUUGUCAGCAAGAAGUCGCUUCGAGCGCCUUGGAGACAGACUGCAACUGUUGAUGCUCAACACAAUCCAGGAGUACCUGGACGAGCAGAACGCACUUUCAAACACGUAUUUCAACCUAACGGCCCAAAGGGACUCGCAAGCAACUGCCCGCCUGAGCAGGAGCGCUACCGUACUAGCCAAGCUGAGCGUCUUUUUCCUCCCCAUAACCUUCAUGACCAGCUAUUUCUCAGUAGAGAUACCCGAUCUGGUGGAACACUACACACCGAAGAUGUACUGGGUCUGUUUUGCCGUGAUUGCCGGAAUCUCCUUCAUUAGCCUCUUCUUCUUCAGUCGCAUGAUUGAAGUCCUCAGCGACGUCCUCGAGGCUUGGGCCCACACCGCGAUACAAAACAUCCGGCGCUUUGUUGGACUCAAUGUACAAGACGAUAGAGAAGAACAUUAAUAAAGAUGUCGGAACGCCGCAUUCAAUAGCCAGGUGACCUUCGGCAGCGUAUCGGGGUACACCCUGUCCAUCUCAUCCAGGCAUAUAGUAACCAAAACCACAAAGAACGUGAUGGUAACGAAAUUCCAAAAGUCCGCUU